CGACAAAUUAACCGAAAUGGAAGGGUGCCCCCAUGCCAUUAUCACAUGCCCCACACGGUGAUCACUGACUCGUGCUUCCUUUUACACUUUUAUUUUGAAUCUAAACCUCUAGGAAUGAACGUCAACAAUAACCCCUAUAUAAGCAAAGAAUCAAUAACUUGGUAACACCAUCCAAAAAGUUGAACUUAAACUAUUUUAGAGAAACAGAAGAUUAAGUGCGAUGGCGAACAAGUACCAUGUUCGUUCAAUUAGUUUGCCUUCUAGAUCUCAUCCUAGCACCAUUAGAGUAUCUGAGGAAUUGAACAAACUCAAGGCUUGGGAAGUAACAUCCACAUCCACAUCACCCUCUAUUCUUAUUGCUCUUUCCUUACUUGAUGAUUUGUAUAUUUCAUUCCAACAUCUUCUCAACAUGCCAUCCACCCAACUACUCAUUUCUCAUCAUAGAGGUCAGAAAUUCAUUGAAGAGGUGCUAGACAGUUCUAUGAGAAUUCUGGAUGUUUGUGGCAUCACAAGAGACACCAUGUUGCAAAUCAAGGAAAACGUUCAAGUCCUUCAUUCUUCUCUUAGAAGAAGAAAAGGAGAUUCAAGUGUUGAAUCAAGUGUGGCAGAAUACAAAUUCUUCACAAAAAAGAUGAAGAAAAAUGUCAACAAGUUGAUCACAUCUUUGAAGCAUAUGGAUACCAAACUUGGGCUGUCCCCAAAUUUGGAACUUGAUCAUCACCUUUCUUCUGUUAUUAGAGUGCUGAGGGAAGUUAUUACAAUGAAUUUAUCUGUUUUUCAAUUCAUUUUGUCAUUUUUGAGUGUUCCUUCGUCAAAGUCAAAAGCUACCAAAUGGUUGUUGGUUUCAAAAUUGAUUCACAAGGGUGUUAUAACAUGUGAAGACAACUCAGAGCAUGCCAAUGAAUUACAGUGUGUGGAAGCUGCUUUAAGCAGCCUUAUAAGUGAUGCCAAUAAUGGUGAAAAGUUGCAGGCUGCACAUGAACGAUUAGAGGCUUUGGAGAAUGCAAUUGAAAGCGUUGAGAUUGGUUUGGAGAACUUAUUUAGACGCUUGAUUAAAACUAGAUCUUCUCUCUUGAACAUAAUCUCUCAAUAAAACCAUUUAGUGGCAAUUCUUUUUCUGAAUUUUUCUAGGCAAUCCAACAGUUUUAGAUUGGAUUAUCAGAGGAGUGAAUAUUUUAGCUCCAUGAUUUUUAAUGUAUAAAAUUCAAUAGUUAUACAAUGAAAUGUUCAUAAAAUUCUUAGACUCUA